CCUCGGCCGACCUGACUGUGACAGUUGUUGACAAUCUUAUUAUCAGCAUUCCAAGAUAGAAAUGGAUGACGAUGAAAUAUGCCAAGACGUGGUAGAAGUCACUGAUUACAGUUCUCAGUAUGGCAGUUACAACAGCAUAUCGUACGUUGCGUUAAACGUAAUCGGAGCGCCUGAGGUGUUUCCGGAGUACGGAGACUAUUCGGAGACGUUUUCGGCGCGCACGUACGGACCGUGGUGGCUGCAGCAUUCAAUAUCUGACAGGAACUUCAUUACCAUUCUGCCGAAAGAAAGGCACGUCAAGAGCCAAGAUUAUGUCGAGCUUCAGUACGAACAUCACGUGUACCCAGCCACAGUCACUGUUUUUGAGACUUACAACCCUGGGAGUGUUGUGAGGAUUCUGGCCUAUGAUCGCCUCAAGAACAGAUGGAAGGAGUUGUGGGUGGGAAAGCCCACAAAAGGUGCCGAGGCUUGUGCCUGGCCGAGACCACUGUCAUUGGAAGACACGUUUGUUACCAGGGUUCUGCGACUUGAGUUCCACCAUGCCCACCUUGACUACCACGCUCAAAUCGAUGCGGUGCUGCUUGUGGGGACCUUUAAAAGGCCAGAGUCUGUGGAUUCUGAAAGUGAUGAACAGAGCAUCACAGCGGUCACAUCUUGGUCAAGUUGCAAGGAAGAAACAUUCCUCCCAUCACGGGCUGGAUUUCAUUCACUACCACACGAACUCCUGACCCACAUUUUUCGCUAUCUCGAUCUUUUGUCGAUAUGUAGGCUAUCUGGCACCUGUAAACUGUUUUGGAAAGUCUGCUACGAUCAUGUAUUUUACCGAUGCCUGGACCUUCAACCAUACUGGGAAAAGAUCGACGACAACGCACUCGAGGCCCUUCAGAAGCGAUGUGUGACGCUGGAGAAACUCAACCUCUCAUGGUGUGGUGCUGCUGGAUAUCUUUCCGCAGAAGCCUUUGUGAGUUUCAUGGAAGUGAGAGGAGAGCUUCUGCAGUGCCUCUGCCUGUCUUCUUGCCCAUUCGUUGAUAACGAGUGUCUGAAGGUCAUUGCAGAUUACUGUCCAAACCUCACAGAACUGGAACUGAAAGGUUGUUGCAAUCCCCUGCUGAACAGGCUCGGUUUUCUUCAAAUAUCUCACCUGUCCAAGCUAGUCUGGCUCGACCUGUGCAGGACUGAAAUCGAGAUGUUCUCUCUUAUCUCAAUUAUCAGGAAUUGCAACAAGCUCAGGCAUCUGUCCCUAGGCAGCUGUCCCGUUGUCAACAACUAUGACGACAUUGCUCUGGAGAUCAGCACCUACCUGGGAAACCUAAGAAGCCUAGACCUUUACCGUGCUAGAACACUGUCAUCUGUUGGUGCCAAUUUGUUUGCCCGGUCCUGUCCACAUCUAGUCAGCCUCGAUUUAGGCUGGUGCACAAGCAUUGAGUCAGGAUCCAUCCAGGAAAUUGCAAGAGGUUGUCCACAUUUGAAGAGGCUGCUACUACCUGCUGUUCGCGUUCUUUGCGACACGGACCUGUAUGCUAUUGCGAAAUAUUGUCACGACCUUGAACAUCUGGACAUCCUAGGAUCUGCAGAGGCGAGCUCAACUGGAGUCAUUCAUGUGCUGAACGAAUGCAAGCAACUGAAGAUACUCGACGUGUCCUUCUGCUUCAGUAUCAGCCUCGAAGUUGUGCAAGAAUGGAAGAGGCUGUACCCCAAGGUGCAAAUUAAGAGGAGUAUCACGGACCCUUGUAGAUGACAUGCUGUUCCCUAUAAGUGAAUUUACUGUACAUAAACCUGUUUCGGAAAUUUCUCUCAAAUCCCAACUAUCUAAAACUGGCUGUAAAUUUGUGUAUAUAUUGUUUGCUUCUGUAAAAUGGACUGUCAUGUAAUAAAUGUAAAGUUUUAUUAUG